CGCGCGUGAGCCUCUGUGGAGAGAACGUCCUAUGGCGUACCACUCAUUACUUUUUUUGUGGCUGGAAGGUUCAAGUUGCAAAGCAGUUUCCGGCAGUGUUUAAUCUAGACUGUUCAUGAAGCUCGUGCAUAGAACAAAUGAGAGAUGCUUGUCUUUGUGAAGGAGAACGGUAAGGGGUAAUGCUGCAAUAAUACACUACAAUGAUGUCCAAUGAUACACUGCCUACGGAUGUGGAAAGUUCGGGAAAGAAGGCAAUGUUGUAUUUGGGAAAACUUCCAGAAUUAUUGACAUGUUUCAUAUGUGGAACUCUGGUGAGAGACGUACAGUUACUUUUGGGGGGAGAGACUGUGACUACUUAGUGAGAUUAGUAAAUAAACACUUGUAAAGCAGAGUAUAGUGUUUCAGAAAAUGUGUAGCUGAAUGCGCAAGUGGUGUAUUUUAAAAGUUUACACAAUUAAGAAUAUGCCAUGAAACCAUUCAGAGUAUAUUUUGGACACGUUUUCAGAAGAAAUCCAUUUUGACUUGCACAAAUGGAUAUCAUAACUGAACCACUCAAAAAGGCCGUCGACCAGGACGAAAAUAUUCAGGAUGAAAAUUCCUCUCAGACAAAUAUAGAUAAUGACCUGAAAUCAACAGAUACGUUUCCAGUGGAUGAACAUGAAAUCCCAAACUCGACAAUUCAUAAAGCUGUAGAUGUUGGUGACUAUAUCCUUGCUCAGACAUAUGACCUUGAGCAUUUAGGUGAGGCAGUUGAAUUUCAGAUUGCCAGAGAUUAUGCAGAGGCAAGAAGAGAAAGUACUGAUUUGCCUAGUGCAUCUAGCAGAGGGAUGAAAAUACACGACAGAAGAUUAUGUCCUCAGAUCAAGAUAAACAGUAAUAGUGAACCUCCCCAUGAAAGGCUUUAUACACAGAGUAACUCGGAAAACACUAGUUUAUCAGUAUCUAGAGCAUCUGGCAGUGUGAAUUCACCCAGAUUACCAAAGGACCUGAAGAGAAAAUCAGAGCAGCCAAAAAGCAAAUCAGUAUCCAACCGUUCACGAAGAAAUGGAGGUCCUAGAAAAACACGUAAAUCGAUACCAUCAAAGGGGCAUUAUCUAGUAGUCUGUCAUGCAAUUGAGGAAUGUCCAAUGUGUUACACUGAACUGUGCCCUUCAAGAUUCACCUUCAAUGUCAGAACCUUCCUUCUUUCUACAAUUUGUAUUGGAUGUAAAUUAGAUAUUUAUAUAAAAAAUGUUCAUCCUGGUGGCCCUUCAUCUGUUUCUAUUCUGGAGAAAGUGGACUUCUAAAAGGUUCGAAGCAAAACUGUGAACCACAGAGCUUGGCAAUGAAAGCAAGGAUCAGAAGCUUCUUUAAGAAAAGAUGAUAAUUGUCACAAUAUGGCAUUUGAUGUUAUCUGCUUUAUAAGCAAAACAAGUCCAUGCUUGUACACCUCUUUCUAUAAUAGUCUGAUGUAUUAAUAAAAUUGUGAAACUGA